CUGUUGUAGUUCAGUAGUGUUUCCGCGUUAUGGGGGCACGGAUCUUUUGAAAAGUGGCACACGUAGGCAACAGGUGUCCAUGUUGAAUGCCACACACGCGUGACAGUCGCGACGACGCUUAACGGUGCGCAGCUGUGAUAUAAUAUAAUCAUUGCCCUGAAAAGUUGUGUAUUUCUCACGUUGACAAGUGGAUUGACUCAAGGCAUAAGGACUUGCUAGAUCUUUGUGUUGUGGACCUUCAUCAAAAUGAAUUACGAUUAUCUGAUAAAGUUGCUGGCGCUUGGAAACUCCGGAGUUGGCAAAACGAGUUUCCUCUGUCAGUACACUGAUGGCACUUUUAACUCUCGCUUCGUGUCUACUGUUGGGAUUGAUUUCAAGGAGAAGCGAGUGGUUUAUCGGACAGAGAAUGGCAGAAGCCAACGAGUACAUUUACAGCUUUGGGACACAGCUGGCCAAGAGCGGUUCAGAAGUCUAACUACAGCCUUUUAUCGGGAUUCCAUGGGUUUCCUACUAAUUUUUGAUCUGACCAAUGAGUUGUCGUUUCUUGAAGUAAGAGACUGGCUGGAGCAACUUAGGACCCACGCGUAUUGCGAUGAUCCAGACAUAGUUCUCUGUGGCAAUAAAUCUGAUCUUGAGGCCAAACGCGUCAUCAGCGAACAUAAAGCGCGAGAUCUUGCCGAAAGACAUGGCUUGGUUUAUCUGGAGACGAGUGCCGCAACUGGGCAAAAUGUCGAGCGCGCGGUGGAAAUAUUAUUAGACCGCGUAAUGCGCAGGAUGGAGGCUAUGGUAGACAAGUCGCUGUUACCACAUCAAAAAGUUUUAAGAUGCCACGAGCGCGACACUCCGCCGCCCAGUAGUUUCUGCUAUUGCUGACAGUGCCGAAAGUACAAUUGAUAUCAAUUUGGUAAGAAUUGACAAAGUCGGCGAAAAACUUGUGGAUAAAAAUAAUUCAAAGAACUGUUUAACUGAUGGACUAUAAUCGACAUUGCUAUUAUGCGAAUCUCAUUAUGCGUCAUAUUCGUAAGUAUAGUAAUUAAUAAUUUUCAUUUAUACUAGGUUUUUCAUUUUUUGUUUUUAUUCAAUAUUUUGCAAAAUUAGUGCAAAAUUAAUGCAUUUUCAUUUUUUUGUCAGCAUUCGAUUCUGCAGUGCGCAUAUAUUAUUAUCGUAACGAACAUGUUAAGAAACUUGUCGAUAAAUUUAUUUCUAUAAAAUGGCUAUCCUGUGUGUGUCACGGGAGAACGUAUAUAUUGACAAUGAUAAAGAUUUCUUGUUAUUCUGCACCUAACUAAAUGUCUUCCAUUGUCGUUUAUUAUUGAGUGAAAGCAUUCCUUGCAUUCAGCGAAUCUACUAAUGAACUCUCGAUUGAUGUAUUUAUACAACAAUUGGACUUUGUCUUCUACGGACAAUUCUACGGACUAUUUCCGGGACCUUUAAUGAGUUUUGUACAUACUCUGCUCUAUAAAUAUUUUAUAAAAUUCUUUUUAUAUCGCUCUCGGUUGCUUGUUCACGAAUGACAAAGUUAAUAGUAUUUAGACGUCAUUUAACUAAAAGUGUCUUUCAUCUUGCGAUAACGCUGACCUUUUCUAUCACUAUUAUCAUACGCACAAGGUGUUCAACAAGUCAAUCUUUUCUUACUCGUCAAAAGUGUGAUAUGCGAUUGACUUGUCGCAGUAAAAGUUUUGGAAAUUAAAUGCGAUUCACUUUCGACUGUGUGUGUAUAUUUUUGAUGUUAUUACUGAUCAAAGUUGACAUAUUUAAUAAUAAAUGAAUAACGGGCGUAAUUAAAAUCAUAUAAUGCGCAUAUCUCGAUGAACUAAUCUCUUGUGAUAUUUAUAUCAUAUUGAAUAAAACUAUAAAUUAUUGUAUUGUGAUUACUCAUUAAUGCCUCAAUUAUCGAAUAAAUGCUACAGAUGUUAAAGAGAAAUAAUAAUGUAUUUAAUAAAUAAUUGCUCAUAAGCGCAUA